AUAACGUGCACUGGUGGGCGUGGCUCUGUCCUUCCCGGAAACGUCUGUUAUAGGGCUUCGUCCAAGAGCAGCAGCCUCGGCAAUGCGAAGGGCAGAGGUCUUGAAAAUUUUCAAGGUUUUGCAUAGGACAAGGCAAACCGUUUUCAAAAAUGACACCAGAAGUUUAGACGCUGCAAGAUUUAAGAUAAAUGAAGAAUUCAAAAAUAAUAGAGAUGAAACUUCUCCUGAAAAAAUAGCUGAGCUUAUAAAACUUGCUUCAGAUGUGGAAGUUAUACUUAGAACAUGUGUCCUACAAGGUGUUUUUGUGAAUACCGACAAAGUGUUGCUUCUCCCAAGAAAGGAGCUGCUGCGAGACAACACACCAUACUGCAACACACCAAAGCAAAACACCUGAAUUCAAUAGAAUAAAGUUCUUGAUUAAUUAGU